GAAAGGUAGGGUUCAUUAUAAUUUUUGUCUAACCUAAAAAUAAAACUGAUCCAGUAAAGUAAUGAGUGAACUCCUCUCCUUUCCCCAGCCCGAGGGAGGCCACUCUGAUCAGUUUUCUAUGUUCCUUCCAGAUGUUUCUGGGCAUUUGUAAAUAUGCAACAGAUAAUUGCAACGGGCUGACGUGUCCCGUUCUUUCAGGUUCUUGGAAUGGGAACACGAGUUCCCUCCCCCUCAUGAGGCUCUCAGGGUCUGCUGGAGGAGGCUCACACAAAUGAGAAGAUCCGCGAGGGCUUCUUGGAAGAGGUGGUGCUUGAGCUGAGAGCUCAAGGAUAGUAGGGGUUAACUGAGCAGAGAGGGAAGUAUAGGCAAAGGCCCUGGGGCAGGAGGGAGCAGGGUGCAGAGGACCUUUGAGAAGCCAGUGUGACUGGAGUCCUGAGGUGAGGGCCAGAGUGGAGAGAAGGUCAGUCUUGCAGUUAUUCAGGGGUCAAGGACUCACUGGUGAGCCUAAGGCAGGAAUAACACGUCCUGUUUUAUAUUUUAAAAGCUCUCUCUGGCUGCUGUGUGGAGGAGGGAUUGAAGAAGGAGCCAGAAUGCCAGAGGGGAGGGGGAAGAGUAAGACUGAGUUGAGUUUGAAAGUAGAGGGGAGGGUGACUGGGAGGCGGUCCACACCCGCCUGUUUAACCCUUAGGUGGUUCUCUGAGCUAGUCCCUAUUGUAAGCCCUUUACGGAAAUACAGUGACUCCCUGCAAUAAUGCUAUGAGGUGCCCACUACCACGCCCAUUUUGCAGACGAGGAUACAGACACUCAGAGGUUUUCCGCAGAGCAGACAAGAAUGAUGAUGGUAAGCUCUCAUUUGAGGAAUUCCAGAAUUACUUUGCUGACGGGGUUCUCAGUCCGGGGGAGCUGCGGGAGCUCUUCGGAGGCAUUGAUGGGCACCCCACUGACUUUGCCCAUCACACUGCUUCCAGCUGGGACCCCAAAAUAGCCAGGCCUGAGUCACCACCCAUGGUUCAGCCCACAGGUGCCCCCCCCGCCACCAUUCCUGCUUCCUGCAGGGACCAGAGGAUGCCUGGGGACAGCUGGGCCCCGCCUGCUUCUACCCAUGGAUGCAGCAAUUUGGAAACGGAGAAGCUGUGUGACUACUUCUCGGAACACCUGGGUGUCUACCAGCCUGUGCUGGCUGCACUGGAGUCGCUGAACCGUGCAGUGCUCACCGCCAUGGACACCACCAAGCUGGAAUAUGAGCGGGCCUCCAAGGUGGACCAGUUUGUGACACGCUUCCUACUGCGGGAGACCGUGAGCCAGCUCCAAGCCCUGCAGAGCUCGCUGGAGGGGGCGUCUGACACUCUGGAGGCCCAGGCCCUUGGCCCGCGGUCAGAUGAAGAUAGUGUGGAGGUGCAGAGCAGGCCUCGUGGCAGCCGGCGGGCAGGGCGCAGGGCCCUGAGGAGUGUCAGCUGGUCACCCACCUGGUCUCCUGGCUCCUCUGACACAGGUGCACCUGUGGUGGGGUGGGAGGAGGGUCCAGGGCGGGUGCAGCAGCCCCAGUGCCCCCAGUGCCUGCUCUUCCACUGCUCCUCAGUUCAUCCUCAGAUGCCUCCCAAGCUGAGUCCCCCCGGACCCCCCACCCCAGGGCAGAGCUCAGAGGCUGAGUUGCAGUGGCGGCUCCAGGUCAACCGUCUCCAGGAGCUCAUCGACCAGCUAGAGUGCAAGGCCCCCCGGCUGGAACCCCUGCAUGAAGAGGAGCUUACCAAGGGGCCCGACUCGCACAUCCUUGUGGCCCAGAGGCAGAUGCAGGUGGCAGAGGAAGCCCUGCAAGACUUCCACCGUGCCCUGUGCUGCUACGUGGACUUCACAGGGGCCCAGAGCCAUUGUCUGCAUGUGUCUGCCCAGAAGAUGCUGGAUAAUGCCUCGUUCACCCUGUACGAGUUCUGGCAGGAUGAGGCUUCCUGGAGAAGGCACCGGCAGUCUGCCUGCAGUAAGGCCUUCCAGCGCAUCCUCAUUGACCACUUGCGGGCUCCGGACACCCUCACCACUGUGUUCUUCCCAGCCUCCUGGUGGAUUAUGAAUAAUAACUGAGCCUGACCUGCGUAAGCCAAGGACCCCGGGGCCCUGCCUGCCUCCUUCUGGAGCUUCUGGACUGGUCAACUCAGCACCAAGACCAAGGAUGCUGCUGCCUCCUAGACCCGAGGCCUGGCUUUCAGAGGCCUCCCACAUGCAGCUGGUGGAGAGUCUCAGCCCAGGGAUCAGGGACUGGGCUGCUUGCUUUCUAUUCUUUAUUUAUCAGUGUAUUUUAUUGUUCGUAGCUUUGGCAUUUGAGGCACUCUGGCCUCUGCCCAGCUCAGAAGGCCUGGAUCCUGGUCCCCUCUGCCCCUACCUUGCUGUGUGACCCAGGGCAGGUCUUUUCCCUCUCUGAGCGGGCCUUAGGCCAUCUGGCUGCCUAGUGGGUGCCCUGCUUUCUUCCUGCUGUUUUGGGGCCAGGCUUCUGUUCUUCCCCAAACAGCAGCAGAACCAGGGCUGAUGCUCAGGGACCCCCCUGACCCCGAACCUUGACCCCUGAGGCUGGGCCAGAUUUGUCUGCAGUGUGGAGUAAGGACCUGGGUGUCCCAAUCACCCUCCGGGGCCAACAGGCUCCCAACUCUUCCAGCACCCACGGCUGCACCAGAGACCUCUGGAGGAUCCUGGGUUGGUUUGCAUGUUGUUUGCAUAUCAUUUGCAUGCUCAUGCCCACCCAUACUCAGGGCCCUAUGGGAAGCCCCAAGGUGAUCUUGCCAAGUAGCAAUAAUUUGGACCCAGAGUCACCUGCUGCCCCUUAUACCUCUGAUCCCCAGCCCAGGACCCCAGCACAGAGGCAAUAAAGGCAGUGGUCACCUCUGGUGUCA